UUUGAACUUCCAAUAAAGGAUCCGGCCAUUUCAGCCAAUGAAACCGGUUACGAGCCUUAUGACCUAGGCAUUCAGGAUGAUAUCUUUAUCAAGGAUGAAUUUGGAAAUCUGCGAUACGGAAAAGUGUGGCCUGAUUACCCCAAUAUCACCGUUAACGAUUCCGUCGAUUGGGAUACAGGCGUUAGGCUCUACCGUGCUUACGCGGUGUUUCCCGACUACAUGAAACAGGAAACAAGAGAGUGGUGGAUCAACCAGAUAACAAAGUUCAAGGAUAGAGUUAACUUUGAUGGUCUCUGGCUGGACAUGAAUGAACCUGCCAAUUUUCUACACGGAUCUGUUGAUGGAUGCAACGACAACCAGUAUGACUUCCCGCCGUAUGUUCCCCAAAUCUCUUGGGGAGGUCCGAUAUAUGAUAAGACGAUAUGUAUGAAUUCCGUUCAGCAUUACGAUGAAGGCAGGGAGGAAACGCACUACAAUAUGCACAGUGUUUAUGGGUGGAGUCAGACUAUACCAACACUCACUGCUGUUCAGAAUUUGACUGAAGAGAGGAGCCUGGUAGUCACCCGAUCCACGGUGCCUAGCAGCGGCAUGUACUCUGGCCACUGGCUGGGAGACAAUGGCUCCAACUGGCCCCAACUAAGAUACUCCAUAAUUGGAACGUUGGAGUUCAAUCUCUUUGGUAUCCCUCACGUUGGGGCUGAUAUAUGCGGCUUUUUCAACGAUAGCCCAGAAGAUCUCUGUCGCAGAUGGCAUCAAGUGGGGGCGUUCUACCCGUACGCCAGAAAUCACAAUGGGAUCAGAUACCAGCCUCAGGAUCCUGCGUUCUAUGGGAGGGAAUUUGCCGAACACGUCCGAGAUAUACUCCACAUCAGAUACCGAAUGCUUCCCUACCUGUACACUCUGUUCUACUAUGCCCACACACAGGGCUCCACGGUCGUCCGAUCACUGAUGCAUGAGUUCACACACGAUAGCCAGACAUGGGGAAUAGACAGACAAUUUAUGUGGGGACCAGCUCUUCUCAUCUCGCCCGUCCUCGAAGAGAACACACUAGUCGUAAGGGCAUACUUUCCUCUAGCUCGUUGGUACGAUUACUACGAGGGUUUGGAAAUGCCGGAGGAAUCUUUGACUGUAGGGGGCGGCAUAGAUCUCGAGGCACCUCUUGAAUAUCUUCCUCUUCACAUCCGAGGCGGUCACAUCAUACCGACCCAGCAGCCACACAACUCCACCAAGUUCAGUCGUCUAAACCCGUUUGGUCUGAUCGUGCCUCUUGACGGAUCCAUGCAAGCUUCAGGCGAUCUCUUCUGGGACGACGGAGAUUCCAUUGGAACAGUCGAGAGUGGAGAGUACUAUCUGAUGCGGUACAUCUUUUCAAGUCAUAUUCUGACCUCCUCAUUUGUGCAUGUGCCAGCGAGUCACCCAAGUACAAUGUUGGAUAACCUGAAUAUGGACGAUAUCACUAUAUAUGGACUGGAGAGGGCGCCUUCCAUAGUCAAGUUUAACGGAGCCCAACUUGGGGCCGACAACUUCGAAUUCAAUGAAGAAACAAAGGUUCUUUCUGUGGCGUCUUUGGAACAUCCAAUGACGAGUGUCUUCACUUUGGCAAUCGAGUUAGCUGAGACUGUCUAGAGAAAUGAGAAUAAUUCUUCUGUUUGGAAAACGACCAUUAAUCAUGGGACUAUCAUGGACUUGACUGGAAAUUAAUUCUUACAUACUCCAACGAAAUCGACACUGAAUGCCGGACCCGUAUUGAAUUCAAUAUUUCAAGUUUUAUAUAUUAGUAUUUUUCUUAGGACGUACAUAAGUAAAUUAGCUCAAGUCUAAUGCAGAUUACAAGAAAGUGUUUCACCUAAGUAAAGGCUCGUUUAGAUGUGACGCCGUAAAGAGCCGCAAAAAAGGAAAGAAAACAAAACGCGAAGGUAUUUUGUAAUCGUGUACAUAAAAGGCAACUGCGCGCGAAACCGGUCACGGUAUUGCCGCGUGACGAGUCUUAAGCCAAGUUGUAACGCUAAAAUUAAGUUAAAAUUUCAUUAGAAAAUCCAUUGCUUGAUUUGUGUAUAGACAGUAUUCCUACAAUUUGUGCAAAAAGAAGUCAUAACUUACAAGGGAAAGUGAUACGUAAUUUGUGUUUAAUCGUUGAUUCACUCAGAAAAGGUAUAAGUAAAUUUUGUUUGAUCCCUUCUGGAAUGACAUUCUUCACAUGGAGAACAAAAAACAAAACAAUCACUUUAGGCUGUAUACAGUUUAUACAUAGCGUAGGAUUGCUAGACUUUGCUCUAUCGGCCAAAGUGAAUUCAUGCCUGUUUAAUACGCACUUUUUAAAUUUCAUAUUCGGUGCACCCGAUUCACGAAGUUUACAUUCAUUAAGUGACAAUUUAUUUGAAACGCAGUAAUAGUUGCUGAACUUACAUCGCUCAUUAUGUUAUUUUAUGAGUGAUUAAAUAAUAUUCAAUACGUGAUUGGAAUAUGAAUAGGAAGAUAAUAUACCCCGUAGUAGUGUUAUUAAUUACAAAUGGCUUUUGCAUUCAAUAUUUUUAUAAUUGCAGAGUAUAUAGAAAAUAUGUUUGUAAUCGACCAAGCAAUAAAAGUAUUUUCAAAUGCACACAAAUAACAAAGGUAAACCAAUGAGCCUUACAAGCUGUACAGCUG